AUGGCCGAAAAAAGUAAACCAUUAAACCCCUCGAUUCCAUUCACAAAACAACUCUUGAAUUGUGGCCAAUAUUUCAACGAUAGCUUCCGUUUGAUGAGUCACUCCAGUGGUUACGCCACCCAACCAUCGCAUCCAAUAAUUGGAGUUGUAUCCGUCCGGAACAGGUCCAGUGCCACCACUACCACCACUACCACCAGUGCCACCAUCGCUACCAUUACUACUAUACGAUAA